AUGAGCACACGCAAAGCAGCCAUCAUUCUCCUGCUGUCCUUGGCCCUGCUGUUGGCAGCUGCAUCACAGCCACCAGAAGAAGCCCUGAAGGAGCAGCCAGAUACAGAGCCCCUGCGAUGCCCCAGUUUGUGUGCCUGCAGCUUUGAUGACUACAGCGAGGAGCUCAAUGUCUUCUGCAGCACGCGCAACCUCACGCACCUUCCAGAGGACGUCCCUGCCAACGCCAAAGCCCUCUGGCUGGAUGGCAACAAUUUCACCUUGCUGCCAGCUGCAGCAUUCAAGAAUCUCUCCAGCCUGGACUUCCUUGACCUGCAAAGCAGCCAGCUGACCGGUGUGGAGCAGCACGCCUUCCAUGGGCUGAGGAGCCUCUACCACCUUCACCUAGAACGCAACCGGCUGAAGUACCUGGCACCCCACACUUUCCUUCACACCCAAAACCUUGUGUCCCUGAGCCUCAACAACAACUUCUUCACCAAGGUGGAGGAAGGGCUAUUUGCUGGGCUCUCCAACUUGUGGUAUCUGAACUUGGGCUGGAAUUCACUUGUGGUCUUGCCUGAUAAGGUUUUCCAUGAUUUACCCAACCUGAGGGAGCUCAUCUUGGCUGGAAACAAGCUCCCCUACCUACAGCACCAGCUCUUCUGCAGCCUUACUGAGCUGAAGGAGUUGGAUCUGAGUGGGAACUCUCUCAAGGGAAUCAAGAUCAACAUCUUUGUCAAGCUGCAGAAGCUACAGAAGCUGUACUUGAACCACAACCAGAUCAAUGCCAUUGCACCCCGUGCAUUCAUGGGCAUGAAGUCCCUUCGGUGGCUGGAUCUCUCCCACAACCGUCUUGUCUCACUCUUUGAGGACACUUUUUUAGGUCUCCUGAGCCUGCAUGUCUUACGCUUAUCCACCAAUUCUAUCACCAGCCUGAGACCCAGGACUUUCAAAGACCUCCAGUUCCUGGAGGAACUGCAGCUGGGACACAACAGGAUCAGAAGCCUGGCAGAAAGGACUUUUGAUGGGCUAGGCCAGCUGGAGGUCCUCACCCUGAACAACAAUCAGAUACAAGAUAUCAGGGUUGGGGCAUUCCUGGGGCUGUACAACAUUGCAGUGAUGCAUUUGUCUGCUAAUUGCAUCAAGGCUCUUCCUGACUAUGUCUUCAAGGGUGUCACCAAGUUGCACAGCCUUCACUUGGAGCACAGCUGUCUCAGCAGGAUCAGAGCAAACACAUUAUCCAGCCUCUCCAGCCUGCGGAGGCUCUUCUUACAGCACAACAGCAUCUCUGUGAUUGAAGACCAAAGUUUUAGCGAUCUGCACGAGCUCCUGGAGCUGGAUCUGAAGCACAACAAGCUGAGCCACCUCUCACCCAAGCUUUUUGUGGGACUAAGCAAUCUAGAAUAUCUCUUCCUCUCCUCCAAUCAACUCCUGGAGAUCUCCCAAGAUACCUUCAGCCCACUGCAGAGACUCUUCUGGUUAGAUCUCUCAAAUAACCAGCUGGAGAUACUGGACAACACCGUCAUCUCUCCACUGUCAAACCUGCGGUAUCUCAGCCUCAGGAACAACUCCCUGGAGACCUUCUCGGUUGGUUUUCUGUGCUCUUCAUUUGUACUGGAGCAGCUAUGGCUGGAGGGAAACAACUGGCACUGUAACUGCUCCCUGAAGGGCCUGCGGGACUUCUCUUUGCAGCACCCUGUAGUGGUCCCACGGUUCGUGCAGUCCGUUGUGGAGGGGGAUGAUUCCCAUGUCCCCGUGUACACUUACAAUAAUCUCACCUGCCUCCACCCUCCAAACGUGACAGGCCUGGAUCUCCGUGACACCAGUGAGGAUAACUUUGCUCACUGCUGA